UCGCAAGAGAUAAGAUUGGCAGUUACAGGACAUUAACAGAUCCCGGAAACAUGAAGGAGCUGGUGGCACUGUUCGCUUGCUUUGUGUGUACGGCGUAUGGCGCCUUCGUCCACACGGACACCCUGAAGACGCACAUGCUGACCGUGGAGGGACAGGCCAGCACCCUCAUGUCCUGUCUGGACCGUGUCACCCAUCCCUUGGGGGCCGCCUCCGAGUUCUCCAGGGAGGUGGUGGAGUUAGAGGGUUUGAUCACUCACCUGGAGACGCGGGUACAGACCACGGUGACCAUCCUGCAUGUGGCCCUGGCCGUACCCUUCCUGGGGCAGGUGGCCGCCCCGGUCCUCGGGCCCGCCUCCACCGUGCUGACCAAGAUGAGCGACGAGCUCGAGAAAGUAAACGGUGCUAUCAACCAUGUCGUGGCCAUCAUCAAAGGCUGGUUGAAACCGUUGGAGGGCAUCCAGAAAGCUGUGGGUUAUCUGAACAGCAAAAUCGGUCAGGUCGUUAGCAUCAUGUCUAAAGGGCCCUCGUUUCUCCCGUCCACCACUGUCACUUCCGGCUGCACCAAGGUGCAGAACUUCUUGGCUAAAAUUCACCUGGUGAAGAGGAAGAGGGGUGUGCCGGUUCUGAGCCAGGCUAUCAGUAAGUUUAAUGAGAUUGAAGCUCAUACUUUGCCAUGUAGUUUUUGA